AUGUCUUUUAAUUUUACAGGAACUCCUACGGGUCACGGUACCGGGGGUGAUUCAUUAACCACAGAUUUAAACGCUCAAUUCGAACUAGCCGAUAUGGUUUGGUUGGGUGUCAGCGCAGCAGGUGUCUGGAUAAUGGUUCCAGGAAUCGGUCUGCUAUAUUCUGGUCUUGCCAGGAAAAAGCACGCCCUAUCAUUACUUUGGGCUUCCAUGAUGGCAUCCGCCGUCUGUAUAUUCCAAUGGUUCUUUUGGGGCUAUUCAUUAGCAUUUUCACAUCAUACAAGAGGUCAUGGGUUCAUUGGAACUUUAGAAUUCUUUGGGUUCAGAGACGUCCUGGGGGCACCUUCAGCUGAUGCUGCUGUUCCUGAUGUUCUAUGGGCUGGGUUUCAAGGUAUGUUUGCAGCUGUUACCGGAAUACUGAUGUUAGGUGGUGCCUGUGAAAGAGCACGUUUGUUCCCCAUGAUGGUUUUCUUAUUCAUUUGGAUGACCAUAGUAUAUUGCCCUAUCGCUUGUUGGACAUGGAACCCAACUGGAUGGCUAGCUAAAUUGGGUGCCAUUGAUUAUGCUGGUGGUGGUGUGGUUCAUAUUAAUUCAGGCCAUGGUGCCCUUGUGUAUGCUUUAAUACUGGGUAAGAGAAAUGAUCCUGUUACUCACAAGGGGAUGCCCAAAUACAAACCACAUUCUAUCACUUCAGUGGUCUUGGGGACUGUGUUUUUAUUUUAUGGGUGGUUAUUUUUCAAUGCUGGUUCUGCUGGUAAUGCAUCCAUUAAGGCUUGGUACUCUAUGUUUUCUACAAGUUUAGCCGCUUCAUGUGGUGGAUUAACUUGGAUGUUCAUCGAUUACUUUAGAUUAAAGGGUAAAUGGACCACCGUUGGGUUAUGUUCAGGUAUCAUUGCAGGUUUAGUUGGGAUUACUCCUGCCGCAGGUACAGUUCCAAUUUGGGCCUCCGUAAUCAUUGGUAUUCUAACCGCUGCUGGAUGUAAUUUUGCAGUCGAUAUCAAGAGUUUAUUAAAAAUUGACGAUGGUUUAGACUGUUGGGCUUUGCAUGGUGUUGGUGGCUGUAUUGGCUCUGCUUUGACAGGUAUAUUUUCAGCUGACUACGUCAACGCCACAGCGGGUACAUAUGGUGCUCCAAUCGAUGGCGGUUGGUUAAAUCAUCAUUGGAAACAACUUGGUUACCAAUUGGCAGCUAUUAUGUCCAGCAUUGCAUGGUGUAUGACUUGCACAGCUAUUAUCUUAUUGACUAUGGAUAGAAUUCCAUUCUUAAGGUUAAGAUUGAGGCCUGAAGAAGAAGAACAAGGUACAGAUGAAGCCGAAAUUGGUGAGUUUACAUAUCAAGAAGAUACAGUUUUCAUUCCAGAACCAAUUAGAUCUAAUAUUACUGCAAAGGUCCCUGAGAUGUCAGCUAUUGAUGAUAAGAUUGGAGGCGAUGAUGAGGAGAGUAAUACUGUCAAUAAGCAAAGUAUAGAAACACCAUCUACAGCUUCAAAAGAAAUUGAAAACGAAAAAUGA